AAAAGACAGCUGCUUUGUUUUCAAUGCGCACAGUAAAAUGCCAAUCUUAGCGAAUAUUUUCCAUUUUAUUUGGAAAAAGUUAAAGUCAAGUAAAGUUUCUAAUAUAUUACGCAUAUUUUUUGGUUUAAGUUUCGUAUUAUAUAUCAUACUAAUCAUGAGUGCCCCUACGACACCCGAAGCGGCAAAAUCUGCUUGUAUAUUCUGCAAUAUUGCCAACAAAUUAACCGACACGGAAAUUUUGUUUGAAGAUGAAGAAGUUUGUGUGUUCAGAGAUAUCAAACCAGCAAGCAAAUACCACGUAUUAGUCAUACCUAAAAGGCAUAUAGAAGAUGCUAAAGCACUGGUCCCAGCUGAUAAGGAACUAGUGGAAAGAAUGCUAUCAGUAGCGAAGGAACUGUUGGCUAAGAACAACUACUCGGAGGACACGGCCCGGCUCGGCUUCCACUGGCCGCCGUUCCGCUCCGUGCACCACCUACACCUGCAUGUGAUCGCCCCCGAGGCGGACCUGGGGUAUGUGGCGCGGCUUGUCUUCAUGAAGAACUCGUAUUGGUUUGUCUCGCCAGAGUACGUCAUUUCCAAGCUAUGAUUUAAAAGCAAAGAAGCCUAAUUUAUUAAGAAUAAAUAUUCCAAAUGAUGAAAAUUAUUAUAAAAUAGUGCAGCUGAAACAGCAGUUAUCUCCAUUGCUAUGGCUCAAGCAAGAAAAUGACUACAAUUCUUGACAAAAUAGUUUAUUUUUAUCAAGAGGAGUGAUGCGUUUAGCAAAUUUUAUGUUCUAGCUAAAUAUUUACAUUAGUAUAUAUGUGUUAUUAUUUAUUUUAAACUUAAUAUAUACUUUUCCUAUUUGCUAA